GUUAAUACGCCAAACGCAGCUUCUACGGAAACUUGCGAGAUAAAAGUGGACUUGCACCGCGCCGCGCUUUGUCACUACGACGUACGAAACGCCGCAUUUCAUCCUCAGUUUUUGGGUUUUCGCCUGGAUUUGUUUUUUCCCGUGGACGGUCCUGUGCCCCCCUUGUGAUUGAUUGUUCUGCGCUGGGACUUGGAUCUUCCUGCGGAUCUUUUUCUAGAACACAGUUUUCACAAAUGAGUCACCGAUCACUAAAGAGUGUAACAAACACUCAGGCAGUUUGGGUGUGCAUGGCCCUAGCGCUUAUCUUCCACAUAACUUCCGGUAGCCCGGCCAACAGGUCGCCCCUUCUCACCCACCACCUCACCAAGAGGUCCUUCUUCGACAUACAGUGUAAGGGGGUGUACGACAAAAGCAUCUUCGCCAGGCUGGACCGCAUCUGCGAAGACUGCUACAAUCUCUUCAGGGAGCCCUCUAUCCACUCGCUAUGCAGGCAAGACUGUUUUACCACAAAGUUCUUCAAAGGGUGCAUUGACACCCUGCAGCUUUCGGACGAGAUGGAACAAAUCAAGUCUUGGAUAAAACAAUUACACGGGGCAGAUCCCGGGGUCUAGAUCCGAAUGUUUUUCAACCAAAUACUUCAAAGGGUGUGUCGAGAGCUUGCUGAUGGUAGAAGAUUGGCCAAAAUUCGAAAAAAUGAUCGACUACUUGGCAAAGUGAAUGUUUUCGAACGCCCAUUGUCCUAUGAAUCUAGUCUUUAAAAUAAAUCACCAAUAUGCGAUUAAUGUAUUAUAUUUUUAGGUAUUCUGACAGAAUUUGUGAAUCUCUCUCUCUCUUCUACUUUGAUUGGUCUACGAUAUUUAUUUAUUUCUAUUUAUCUACAGUUAAAAUAGUCUUAGUUCGAGCCCAGUUCUUUUUACACGUUAUUCGUCGAAGACCAAAGAAAGUAGAGCGCUAAAAAUUUUAUGAAAUUAUUUUUGCCGUCAUGAAAAUAAUUGCAUGAAAAGCAGGUGAACAUCACUUCUUGAAAAGUAUUAAAUUGUCCGUACAUAAAUAUAUCAGUAGGGCCUUAUUUAUUUCACGCACCGAAUAUUGAAUUAUUUUUGACGGCUGGCGAAAUAAUUCAACAUUUCUCAUUAUUAUUUAAUUCAUUUUCAUUCUGAUAUAUUUAUAUUUCAAAUUAUUUAUUUACUUUUGUUGAGAUUAUUUUUUAUUAAUUUAAGUAUUUAUGAAUUCGUCUCCGAGGGAACCGCGGUACCGACGCCCGCCGAACCGAGCCGAACCAAAUUCUUUUCCUUCCAGUUAUACAGAACGGGCCUCGGUACCGGCUCUUCCUUUGCAGAAUUGAUGACAUUCCAGUAUCAGUAUUGUAUAUGUAGAGGUUGUCAUUACAUGUUUCCGUUCCCACCCGGUGCCUCAAAACGUACUGUAGGAUCCUAAUAGUUUUUUUAGUUUCCAUUAAAAAGAUGAGUAUUUUUGCUACCUGACACUUCCUUUACACUAUUUUCGUAAUGUACAAAAGGUCUCAUAGCUGUAAUAGGUCUGAAUCGUACAAAACGUCUUUUUUUUCCAGUUUAUUUUUUGUAAUAUUGAAUUAUGAACUAAACCGAUCUUUUGAUUUCUUUUGUAAAAAUCAUUUCCUACAAAUGUGUUUAUAUGUAUAGCUACUUACAUAUAUUAUAUACUCGUUAUAUAAAAUUUAUUGUUUUUGUUGGUAUGUGCGUUAUUUCCGCAGCAACUGUGGUCGUAUUGUACAUGUAAAAUACUGUGUAAAUUUUAAAAAUCUGUAAUUGUUAAAUGGCAGCUUCAAUUAAAUAGUCUAUUAAAAUAUUUUGAAAAUUA